UGCGUCAGGGAUCUUUUAACCAGAAGACUAUAGAAUCGCGAUCUUGCGCACGUUUUUGUUUCUUUCGUUUAGAUUUUAGUGAUAGGGAUUAGGGAACAGUUGGAGGAGCGAGACCUGAGCAUUUUUCUUCGAUUACAGAUGUGUAAAUAAUGGCCUUCCAGUUAGAUGAUCUUUUGAAAGAGGACAAGAAGGAUGCUAAUUUGUUACCUGAUCUGAGCAAGGCAACCUGCAGUUCUCAAGAAGAGUUUCGACGAAUCCUUGAGAACUGCCCUGAAUUUAAAAUUAAAACAGAAAAGGUGAAGAAGGAUGACGCAAAGGUGCGCGACAAAGAAUUCUCCUGGAAACCAAGCAAGAAAGAGCUGAAAGCCCUUGGAAGAGAAUGGAACUAUGGGAAUCCAGUGCCUCCAGAUAUGAGAGGUCUGAAUCUUCGAGAAUUGCAACAGGUUGCCAUAGAUUGGAGGAUGCUGACGUCUGUGAGGCCAAAGCAUCGACAGGAUGAAGAAAUGUUCUCGAGAUUGGUGGAGAUGGGGAAAUUGGAAGCGAAGACAAUAGCCAAAGAACGUCGAUCGACUAUAAGCCCCAUCAGACGCAGCAAAAACCGGGCUGGCAUAAUCGAAAGUAGCGUAAAGAUUUGUACAGAGUGCGGCGAAGAGUUUUGUUAUGGUGAAUUCUGCGGUGAUGUCCUCUACGACUCGUUUGUAAGAGUCACUGUUACCUCUAAGCAAACCAAAGUCAAAGUAUCUGCGGACACAGAGGCGAUAAUAGCUAAGAUGGAUGAUAAGAAGAAGCGCAAGAAAAAGAAGAGAAUUAAGAGCAAAAGCAGAACUCCUAGAAAGACUGCUAGGCUACUGAUUCGCAGAAACAAGUCAAUGAGCAACGACAUGGAAAGCAGCAACGAUCAGAAAAACUGCGUUUCGAAGCCAAUUAAACCAUUUAAGAGAAAAUGUAGCAAAUAUACUAAGAAAGGACUGCGGAAAUAGUGGAAAUGCGCCAACAGAAAAUGAUUAGAAAAUUAAUAUGUAACAAGUUAACAAUGCAACGACUCCUAAUAACGUUAAUGUAAGCAUGUGAUUCAACUUGUUAAGGAACGUGGACGAUAACAAUAUAAUUGUGUUAUAACUGAUUAGAAUAAAAUGAACGUGUUAAUCAUGUUAUUCGAAUGUAUUUAUUAAUAAACGGUUAGAGUAGAUUAAACGCAGCGUGUCGUUUAUUGUGAAACCAGGAAAUAAACAAUCAAAAAGAUGGAGGAAUGCUCGAUGAAAAAGUAAAAUAAGAAACCAAGUUUUGCAUGUUUUAUUUGUCUAUAUUCUGUGGUCCCUCGAAACGACAUUCUACUAUUCGAAUAACUAUAAAGAAACUAUAAUCCUCAUCGUACAAUGUCUAAAUUUGUAGCGUUAGCGUACGAAAACAUUAUAAUGAUAGUAGCAGAUGGGCCCAGUAAAUGGUUGCGAGUGAAUGCUGGAAAAAUAUCAUUUUUAUUCCUUUACCUGUUCCUGUAUCUCCCUCUUUCUAUCUUGUUAUCCAACUCUGUUUUGCAUUGUAAAAGGAGAAAUGUUCUACCACCGUACGCUAAUCUCAAGUUAUCUUGCGUUAGAUAUUUGGAAAUGUAUCUGAUGCAACCUUUUGGAAACAGAAUAUUUCUCCGUCCAAUUAUAUAUUUUUUUAAACAAACUUUGAAACAAAGUUUUGUUUAUAUUAAACCUCACUUGGUAUGGCUUAACGUUAAAUUUGAUCCUAUUAAUAAGAUUUCAAGUGACCGAAAUACACGCGUUUUACACAAAUAUAUUUAUACAGAUAUCGUUGCGAUAGCUACAACACUUUUGGAAAAUAAAAUACACUAUUGAUAACUAUGACAAUUUGCAUCUCGUAUCGUUUACGCUACAUCUAAUUAUGAUCAAAGUCCUGGAGUAUCACGAUCAUUCCAAUAAUAUUGCAAGCGUUAGGCCACUAUAGUUUUAAGGUUUCUGUUUUCGUUUAGAUUACACAUGCACGCACGCACACUGCUCUGUUCAGCAAAAAAUAUUUUUAUUUUUCUUCAACUAAACGCGAGAAGAGUCACCAAAUUAGAGAACAAUAGUUUCAUAAAAUUACAAUGAAAAGUUCUCGAAAACAUACCAAUUUCGUUGGACAUUUACGAUACCUCUAAAACCUUAUCAAUAAAGACAUAGUCAUUCAUUAUCCUUUUCCUUUUAAGGUACACCAUAAAAUUGCACAUACAUGUUUAAUUAAAAGAACAUUGUUAAUAUACAUAUGUACAGCAGUAAUCUACUUCUUUUCUAUUGUAAUUAGUACGAUUAAACUUGAUUUUUGUAGCCAGAAACGGUCAACUAGUCACCAAAGGUCUCAAAGAGAAUUAAAUUUUACGAAAUCAAUGCUUUCAUUUAUUCCUGUUCAAUUAACCUAUUUUAUCAACGAGCUAGGAAUUGUAUUUUAUUAACGAGCAGUGAUUUAUAUACCAAUGUUCAAUUACUCGACUGACGAUGAAUAGAGUGCAUACAAAUCUUAUUCAAAAUAUGAUAUCCUCUUAUAAACACGCUUACAAGUUUCCCACCACUUCCAAGCUCAUCGACUUCUCCAUUCUGUCUUUUAAUUUAAGUACCUCGACGAUUAUUCGAUCAAUAUAAACAUCUAUUAUGACCAGUGUUAAAUUACGACAUUGUAUCAUCAUUUAGAACAACAAGUAUGUUCAAGUUUGACUUAGCUGCCACUAAGUACGCGUAAUGAGAAUUACACAAUGGAAAGGAAGGCCAUUGUACAAUGUGUUUCUUAAUGUUCAAACUUCCUUUGCAAUCUCAUCUGUACGCUCUAACACUGAUCAUAACGCUUCUCCAACGCUUACACUGUGUAAGUUUUGGUACUUUGUAAUCGAUUUUUAUGUUUGGUCAUUGUAAGCAAUUGGUAGAACUAUGAGAACGCAGCCUCUUCACUGUAGACAAUUACAGAAUUAAAUAUAUAAGAUAUUAUUAUGAUUAAUCUUGACUGAAUAUCGUAUUUUGUAACAGAAGCAUAUCAAAGAAAAUAGAUGUGAAAAUAGAUUAAAGAUAACAGUACAAAAUAUUAAUAGCUAUUUUAAGCGGAUAUUUUUUCAUUUUCUUUUUGUAAGUAGAACCUAUAAACGAUAGUAUUAUUUAAUAGUACUAUUUUACAAUGUUUUACGUAACCCUCGGACAUGUAAUAUAUACUUAUCACAAUAUUUCAUUCGCCGAAGCCCACAUUUCUUUUUCUCUUUACUAAUUAUAUCCGUACUUGUACAGCUAUUAACAUGUCAAUGCCAAUAGUUUAUAAAUUGUAUCGAGAAAAUCAUGUAGCGUGUCUUUUUAUCUUCGUUUUACAACACAAUUUAUUUAUGAUAAACAUGUCUGCAACUAUUACUAAAAACACCCAAUUACAAAAAAACCCAUUUUCGAUUCUAUAAUUAACUGCAAUUAACUUUAACAUAUCUGCAAUUAUUAUCAUUUUCCAAACUAAGAUUUCUUUUUACUCCCUCUUUUUUCUCGAAAACGGAAACCAACAAGUUUCGAAUAUUUAAAUUUUAUAUAUUAAAAGAUAAACUAGAAACAUAGUACUCCUUUUAAGACACUGCUGCUUCUAUAGAGUUUAACGCUUACAUUUCUGUAAGUAAUUACAAUGUACAUAAUUAUGAACAUAUACGUGUAACAACGAUUAUAUAAGAAUCGUUAUUACAUCGAUUAAAAAAUUAUUUCAGAAACAAAUUUUAACAAGUAAUCAAUACACCCAUUUAUUAUAAUCUAUACAUGGCAUAAAAUGUGAACGAUUGGAUUAGAUUGUGAAAAGAUUUAAAAAAAACAAUGAAUCCAUUAUAUUCAUUCAUGAGAUCUUUCCAUAAUUGUUUAAUUUAAUUUCAACGAAAGCUAGUACGACGCUUAAUAUACAAUUAAUCGAACUAUUUGAUGCUAUGAAUUAAAUAUUUCAAGUGGUUGUUCAUUGUUAUGUUAAGGUCGAAUACCAUAUAAAUUAUAUUAAUAUAUAUAUUCUUUGGAUAAAAUUUAAAUUAUGCGUGUUCAUGACUUUUGCUGCACCUUGUUUUAUCUCUUUUCACAACUUGGCACAAGUUUUGUCACAGAUUUGCAUGUUCUUAUAAAUAUAUAUACGUUUUUCAACCCUUAAAACUCAUUACGGGUGCAUUUCGCAUGAUAAAAUAUUAUCUACAGUUUAUCGUUACAAAGCAUAUGAUUACAGAUCUAUAUGCCGGAUUAAAAUAC